GUCGUAAAGUCGCCAUUUUGUGUUGUGUUGCAGCCGCCGUGCGCUCUUUCGUUGCGACAGAGGAGGAGAAGUCCUGGCUGGGAUGAGCUCGGAGCUGGAGCCGGGGGUGGGAGAGACGGUGACUGUUCCCAGCGGUCUGCUUCUCCCCUGCCUGCCUGUGGGGCCCCUCAUCUCCCACUUUAAGGAGGAAGAUGAAGAUGUGCAUCGAUGUGGUCGCUGUCAGGCGGAAUUCACGAGCCUGGAAGAGUUUGUCCAGCACAAGAUACAAAAAGUCUGCCAACAGGAGCUGGAGCAGAACCUCGCGUCUUCCAUGUCAGCCCUCAGCAGCCAAGAGCAGGUGGUGCCGUGUAUAGAAGAAUAUAACGGGGACAUGUCUCAUGUCAUUGUGGAGACCACCUCCUUGCAAGAGGACAUCAGCACUGCUCCAGAUAUAGCAAUAUCUGAGGAGGUAAAGGUCGUGACCAGUGAGGACAGCAUGGACUGUGGCCAGAAGACUGAUGUUCAGGAAUUGGAGGUGGAGUGGCAGGAAACCUCCGAAAUGUCAGGGCAGACUGACGAGGCUGCCAUGGGGAAGAUAAAUUUGGACGAGAGAGGACGCUAUGUUUGUCAGAUGUGUGAAAAAUCCUUUAAAAGUUGCACUAUUCUGAAGGCUCACAUGCUCACCCAUAGCACCAAGAAAGACUUUGAAUGCAAGAUAUGUGGAGAUUCGUUCAGGACAAAGGGCUCUCUAAUCCGCCACAUCAGGAGGCACACCGACGAGCGCCCGUACAGCUGUUCAAAGUGUGGGAAGAGUUUCCGUGAGUCGGGGGCAUUAUCAAGGCAUAUGAGGUCUCUCACACCCUGCACAGAGAAGAUCAGCCACGUCCUGGGGAAUAGCAUUGUGCUCAAACGCGAUGAAAACUCUUCAGUGUUGGUAUCUACAGACGUCACUUCACAUUUAGGAACAGAUGAAAUGGAUGGCAGUCCAGUGAUCCAGCUCGUAACUGACGAAAAAGGCAAUCUACUACAUGAAAUUCAUGUCCAGGUGCGAGCUGUGGCUUUCAAAACGGGGAUAGAUGGUAUACUGAACAAGGACGGAGAGGAUUUCAAGUGUCCUCAAUGUGGUGAAAUCUGCAGAAGUAGCAACUCCUUGAAGGUCCACCUGAAAGGGCAUGAAGGCUGCAAGCUGUUUCGCUGUGAUCAGUGCGGCCGGGAAUUCUUAAAGGCUCACAUGCUCAAAAAGCACCAGGAAUCCCAUGGCAAUAUUCGGAAAUACAAAUGUGGAGAAUGUGGGAAGAUGUACAAAACGGUAGCUCACGUCAAAGGCCAUAUGAGGGUGCACUCUGAAGACCGGCCAUACCCCUGCCCAAAAUGUGGAAAGAGAUAUAAAACUAAGAACGCUCAGCAAGUUCACUUGCGUACCCACAUGGAGGACAAGCCUUAUGUAUGUCAGUACUGCCCUCAUAGCUUCAGGGAGAAGGGCUCCUUGAUCCGGCAUAUUAGGCAUCACACAGGCGAGAAACCUUUCAAAUGUCCAAGAUGUGGCCGAGGAUUUGCAGAACACGGAACACUCAACCGCCACAUGAAAACCAAAGGUGGUUGUGUAAUUCUCCAGCACCAUACAGAGCAGACAGAGCAUACUGAAAACAGCAAUAGCUCAGAAACCAUGAGCAGCACAACGGCCUCUGAGGAACCACAUACUAUGCUGGUGGAGUUUUCUUCAGUAGUCGCUGACACUCAGGAAUAUAUUAUUGAGACUUCUGAAGACAUAGAAACUAGUGAGGCUGCUGAGCUGCUCCAGAGUACAGGAACCCAGGAGGUGGACAGCCAUAUUCUCAAUGUAGUACAGCAGUUGGUAAGCAACGCCAGCCCAGGACAGCAGAUCAUUGUACAAAAUGUGACACUGGACGAUACUACUGAGCCCUGCAUAGAGGAGGUCCCCACUACAGACACUAUAACCAUAGCUACCCCAGAAUCUCUGACUGAGCAGGUCGCAAUGACUCUGGCCUGUGCCAUUGGAGACGGAGCACUAAUCGCUAACGAAGUUUCUCCUGUGGAGGAAGUAAUAGCGCCCGAGGACGUGGAACAGGUUGGAGAGUUUGUCAUUACCUCACACGAAGGGGAGGUGGAGGUCCAGACGGUUAUUGUGUAGCCGCCUACACCUUCCAUGUGAUA